CUACCAACCAACUGCCAUCAUCUGGUUACAGACUAGCAAAUUCACUACACGCUAAAUGGUAUUUUCCGACGUCAUGGAAGCUCUGACAACCAAAAGCUCCGCAUGAUACGCAUUAGUACUGGAUGCGGGGUCUCAGGAUUGACCUCGGCGCUCAUGGCCCUAACAUAAAGCAUCGUCAGAGCAAGACACUUUCGUGGUACAUUCUCUAAAGUUGCAAUAGAAGAAACAUCAAUACUUUUACAAUGGCUAAACAAGAAUAUAACUUUCCAGCAUUCGAUGACCUGCCAAAGGUGAAGGAUAUGCCACAAGGCAGCAUAUGGGGUUUCUUCGACAAGAAUGGAGAGAAAGACGAAGUCGGAACUAUUAACCUUCUCACUUCGGAUGUCGUGAAAGCCGCUUCCAAGGAGAUCAGCACCGGCGAGCACAUCCAACUUGAUUGGGAACUUCACAACGUCCAGUUUCCAGGCUUCAACCGAAAAGAAUUGGAGCAAAAGCAGAUCGACUUUGCAGAAUUCUCCAACUUCUGCGCUAAUGAUGAUGAGCUUCACAUCAACACGCAAGCCGGCUCGCAGUGGGAUAGUCUAAAGCAUUUCGCGCAUCAAGCGAGCGGCAUGUACUACAACGGUCUCUCACAUAAGGAGGCAGCUAAGAGCGUCACGAACGGUACGCACAAGUGGUGCGAAAGAGGUGGUAUCGUUGGAAGAGGUGUUCUAUGUGACUGGCUGAGUUGGUAUGAAGAGAAGAAGGGGAAAGCACCAAGCCCGGUAUCGAGACAUGAGAUUCCAAUUGAGGAGAUAGAAGAGACGCUAAAGUGGCAAGGCAUUACGCUGAAGCAGGGUGAUAUUAUGAUGAUACGAAGUGGUUACGUGAGAUGGCAUAACAAUGCCAACGAAGCGGAGCGCAAGAGUGGUACGCGUGAUAACAGUGUCGCCAUCGGUCUUCAGGCCAACGAGAAGACUGUCAGAUGGCUCUAUGACCGUCACUUCUCCGCGAUCGUUGGCGAUACUGUUGCUUUCGAAGCCUGGCCACCGAAGUUCGAGGAGGGGUGGUGCCUUCAUGAAUGGCUCCUCGUUCACUGGGGUACCGCUAUCGGUGAGAUGUGGGACCUCGAGAAGCUUAGCCAAAGGUGCAAAGAGAUGGGCAGGUAUACUUUUUUCUUGACCAGUGCGCCACUGCAUGUUAGGGGCGGCAUCGGAAGCCCACCAGGAGCUAUCGCUAUCUUUUAGGUAUACUUCUUCACCUCUUGCAUGUCCAAAUAGCACAGCACUAAGACAUUGCCACCACGUUCUGGCUCGCACUCAGUUUCAUUUUCUUCUCAUGUACCUCGCGCCCAGUACCUUCAACGCCUUUCAACAGCUCUUGACGCUCUCUAGCUUUUUCUCGCUUUCACUUCUUGCUGCUACUACUACAUACUCCCGACGAAGAGGCACUACAGAGUCAAUAUUAGUGCGGGAGCCCUUGUAUCCCAUCUCUUUACCAUCGCCUUCUGUGAGGUCGUUACUAGCAUUCUUCCCAAAGAGCUGUUAGCUGGUUAUUGUAGGGUUCUUCGGCUAGCUUUCUCCUAACGUCCAGUGUCAAGGACUGUCUAAACCAACUGGGAUUUACAGAAUGCAUGAUAGGACUUCCUGUACAACGAUGUUCGAGCCGGCUAUUUCGGAUACAACAGGC